AUGUCAGGCAAGCUCACAACAGAUGUCGAUAAGCGGCUGCUUCGUACGACAAAGUUCCCGCCCGAAUUCAAUAUGAAGGUUGACAUGAGCAAGGUCAAUAUACCGGUGAUCAAGAAGUGGGUCAGCGAUGAGAUUGAGCGGAUACUGGGUAGCGAGGACGACGUGGUAACGGACACAAUCUUCAACCUUGUAGAAGGUCCUAAAUAUCCAAAUAUCAAAGAGCUGCAGAUCAGUCUCAAUGGCUUCCUCGACAAGGAGGCACCGAAGUUCUGCGAGUGUUUGUGGAAGUUGUGCAUCAGCGCCCAGGACAAUCCAGCAGGCAUACCGAAAGAGCUGCUAGAAGCGAAGAAGAUGGAGCUCAUACAGGAGAGGCUCGAAGAAGACAGAGCACGGGAAGAAGCUCGCAGGCGCCAGGAAGAGGACCGCGAACGCGACCGAGACAUAGCACGUGCCCGAGACCGAGAGCGCAGAGAGCGUGAUGAGCGCAGCAGAGGUAGAGGUGGACGCUACGGUCGCGACUCCGACCGCCGUCCGCCACGCAGAGACUCACGAUCACCACCUCCCAGACGCCGUGACGGUGACGACUAUUACAGAGACCCUCCUCCUCGAAUCGACUCCUACGUCCCCAGCCGAGACCGCCGCGAUACCGAUAGACCUCCCCGCCGCCGCCGCUCUCCCUCCCGCGAUCGCACCCGCUCUCCACCACCACGACGUAAGCGUCGUAGCACCUCUUCACCCUCACGAUCACCGCCAAGACGUAAGCGACGUGACAGCGGAGAGGAUCGAUCGAGGUCCCGAGACCGUGGCGAGAAGAGUAGCAAAGCUAAGCGCGGUGAUACAGACCGCAGAUCGCGUUCACCUCACAGACGCCGCUCACGUUCGCCUAGACGUCACCACCGUCGCCGUAGAUCCUCGAGUCCUGCCGGCCGAAGCCGCUCUCCUCCUCCGAAACGUCACCGACGUUCCUCCCGCUCCCGCUCGCAUUCGUCUUCACGCAAGAAGCGUGUCUCCACUGAUGGCCGCGAUCUGCUCGCCAAGACCAAGCGUGAUGAGCCAAGGCUGAGUCGCGAGCCGUUAGAGGCCGAGCCGACAAAUGGCGGUGCUGAAGAGUGCCAUUUCUCCUUUCUUGGUGCCGCGAUCCAACACGCACAGCGAACUUCAGCUGCUCCUGCUCAACGACAGGAGCAAAACACUUCGGAUCUUGCGAACUUGGCAAAAGCCAAUGUGCUCCGCGCUAAGCUGCUGAACAGUUCAUUUCUCCUCGAGAAGAGACGUCGGGAUAGUGUCAUUUCGUCUGCUGCGAUUGGCAAAUCAGCUCACGAUAAUGGCGGCGUUCAAAGCAUCCCACAUUUAACACAACAAAUCACCAAAUUCACAAUGGACAAACUCAAGAGCAUGUUCAAGGGCGACAAGGGCGGUGAGGAGUCUUCUCACGGUCAACAGGCCUCCCACCAGCAGCCAAUAGGCGGUGGUAGCUCAGCAGCGCCUGCAACAGGCGGCAGCGGCAGCGGUGCUAUCCCAGAGGGUGUGGUCCUCCACACCACUCUCGGCGACAUCACCAUCGCCUUGUUCAAGGACCAGACCCCAAGGACCUGCAAGAACUUCGCCGAGCUCGCCCGCACAGGCAAGUACGAUAACGUCAUCUUCCACCGCAUCAUCUCCGGCUUCAUGAUCCAGGGCGGUGACCCCACUGGCACCGGGCGCGGCGGCAGCUCAAUUUACGGCUCCAAGUUCGAGGACGAGUUCGUGCCCUCGCUCCGCCACGAGGACAAGGGUACUCUAUCUAUGGCCAACAGCGGUCCCCGAACCAACGGCUCGCAGUUCUUUAUCACGCUGGGUCCUACACCACACUUGAACGGAAAGCACACUGUUUUCGGACAUGUGGCGCAGGGUAUGGAUGUUGUAGAUAAGCUUGGUGCGGUCAGGGUUGGUGCUGGAGAUAGGCCCGUCAACGAGGUCAAGAUUGAGAGGUGCUCUGUCUUGUAG